AUGUCUCGAUUUUUCCACGGUGGCGGCAGCGACAGCGACAGCAGUUCCUCCGACGAGGAGGAGCUUCUCAGCGAUCGCGAUGAGGAAGAACAGUCUGAAGAAGAAGAAUCGUCUAGCGAAGAGGAAGACUCCUCCGAAGCCGACUCUGACUCUGAAUCCAGCGAGGAAGAGGGCAAGGCCAAGAAAACAGGGGCCAACAUUUUCUUGAAGGACGACGAUGAGGAAAGCGAGGAGAGCGAGGAUGAGGCAGCGCCCGUCGUCGUCAAGAGUGCAAAGGAUAAGCGACUUGAGGAGCUUGAGGGUACCGUGAAGCUUAUUGAGAAUGCUGAGCGAAUCAACGAUUGGACCGUUAUUUCAGCUGAAUUCGACAAGUUGAACCGACAGAUUAUCAAGAUCAAUCAAUCGGGACCUACGCCAAAGGUUUACAUUAAGGCGAUUGCCGAUCUCGAGGAUUUCAUGAACGAGGCCAUCGCCAAGCAGAAAGUAUCAACAAAGAAGCUGAACGCAAGCAAUGCCAAGGGUCUUAAUGCUGUCAAGCAACGUGUCAAGAAGAACAACAAGGACUUCGCCACUGAGAUCGACAAGUACCGAGAGAACAAGGAUAGCUAUAUGGAGGCUGAUGAAGUCGAGGCACCAAAGCCUACCGCGAUCAGUGCAGCCCGUGUUUCGAGGGCUGUCGAUGCCGCCCCCGCUACCGGUGACGAUGAAGGUUUUGCGACUGUUGGUCGUCACGGAAAGACACUGCAAUAUACUCCCGAAAGCAUCCUUAAACACCUCCGCAUUAUCGUCGAGUCGCGAGGAAAGAAAAACACGGAUCGUCUGGAGCAGAUUCGCACCAUGGAGAAGCUCCUCGAGGUUUCUCAGACUCCUUACCAACGCAUCCGUGUUUAUCUCACUCUUAUUGCCACUCGUUUCGACAUGUCGGCGUCUUCUACUACCGCAACUCACAUGAGCCCUGAACAGUGGAAGCUGGCCGAAAGCGAGUUUUCGAGUCUGUUGAAUGUCUUGGAGGAUAACCGUGAUCACGUUGUUACCGAAGGUGCUGAAGAAUGGGAAGACGAUGAAAAACUCCCCGUGAUUGCAGAGGGUGAAGUCUUGCGCAUUCCCGGAAGCAUUGUGUCUUUUGUUGAGCGACUGGAUGACGAACUCACCCGUUCUCUUCAACACAUCGACCCCCACACUGCAGAGUAUAUUGAGCGCCUCAGCGAUGAACAAGCACUAUACACCGCCAUUAUUCGCGCUCAAUUAUACACCGAAGAACCCAGCAAGAGCGACAAGGCCGAGUCCAAGCAAGAUAGCGUUAACCGUAUCAUCAUCAGGCGAUUGGAACAUCUUUACUUCAAGCCUUCGCAAGUCGUGUCAAUUCUUGAAGAUGGUUCAUGGAAGGCCCUGCCAUCACAGUUGGACUCUUCUGUCACCCCCCGUGCAUCGGCCACCGAUGUGCCAACUCUUGUCCAAACUCUUUGCAACUAUCUCUUCAAAAACAGUGAUGGCAUUAUCCGGGCUCGCGCAAUGCUGUGCCAGAUCUAUUUCCUUGCCCUGCACGAGAGCUAUUACCGUGCCCGGGACCUUAUGCUCAUGUCUCACUUGUCGGAGAACAUUUCCAACUUUGACGUGAGCACGCAAAUUCUGUUCAACAGGACUCUUGUUCAAAUCGGUCUUUGCGCCUUCCGGGCUGGCCUUGUCUACGAGGCUCAAAACACUCUGUCUGAGAUUUGCGGAAGCGGUCGUCAGAAGGAAUUGCUUGCACAGGGAAUUAUUCUCCAGAGGUACUCGACAGUUUCGCCUGAACAGGAGAAGCUUGAGCGUCAGCGCCAGCUGCCUUUCCACAUGCACAUUAACUUGGAACUGCUGGAAUGCAUCUACCUCACUUCGAGCAUGUUUUUGGAAGUUCCCCUCAUGGCCCAAACUUCUUCCAGCCCAGAGCUGAAGCGUCGUAUUAUCUCGAAGACAUUCCGCCGUAUGCUCGACUACAACGAGAGACAAGUAUUCACGGGCCCUCCUGAGAACACUCGUGAUGGUGUUAUCAUGAGCGCCAAGUUCUUGGCUGCCGGUGACUGGAAGAAGGCUACCGAAUUGCUCAACACAAUCAAGAUCUGGGACUUGAUGGCCCAACCCGACAAGAUCAAGGCCAUGCUGUCUGAGCAGAUCCAAGAAGAAGGCCUGCGUACCUACUUGUUCACCUACGCACCUUUCUACGACACGCUAUCCGUCUCCACCCUCUCUACCAUGUUUGAACUGCCUGAAAAGAAGAUUGCUGCUAUUGUCAGCCGCAUGAUUUCUCACGACGAACUUGCAGCAGCUCUUGACCAAGUCAACGAUGCUAUCAUCUUCACCAAGGGUGUUGAGUUGUCUCGCCUGCAAUCUCAAAUUGUCACUCUCGCCGACAAAUCCAUGUCUCUCCUUGAGGCCAACGAGAAGACAUUGGAGCAACGCACACAAGGAAUGGCAAACGCUUUCCAGAGAGACCAAGGCUCCACUCGCGGCGGCCGAGGCGGCCGUGGUGGCCAGGGUCGUGGAGGGGCUCGAUUCCCUGGAGGUGGCCAGCGACGACCGGGCGGCCAACAAUUCAGCGGUGGUGCAUUGGGUGGUGCUAUCAAAGCAUAG